AUAACACUCUUAUUCUCCAUAUUACGUGUUCCCUGAUGAAAUGAAUGAAUAUGCAUUUGAUCUACCUAUUCCUACUGUCCAUAUUCGUUUCCAAGGCAGACGGUAAUAGUAGAAAAACUAUUUUUCAAUGCGAUCAACACUUUGACGAGUCUCAACCGGAAGGUGUCAUCGAGUUCCCGAGCCUGCCGAAGCAGUUGGCGUUGAGCCAUGGGGUGAACAACUCGAAACCAGAGCAGCAAUAUAAUUUGCAAUGUGUAUACACGUUUGUUGCGGGAUCGAGGCAGCGUGUAAGGCUCGAAUUCGACCAUUUUCUCCUAUCGGGUAGUUCUGAGAACUGUGAUAUAGAAUAUGUAGAUAUUUACUCUGAAGUCGAGUCGGUCGACGAGGAUAUUCUCUCAUCCGCACUCGGAGGUCGCUACUGUGGUACUGUGGCGCCUCACGUUAGAAUCAGCCUACGACGCGUCAUGAAACUCGUUUUACAUUCCCGUUCGACAAAUCAUGAGGAUAAUCAUGGAUUUCGAGCCAAAUAUUCGUUUAUUCCAGAAGACAAAUUCAUUGCCGGGGAGCCAGUUGGCGGCAAAAAGUGCAGCUUCAUAAUCGACUCUUCCGAUCGUAAAAUCGGAACCCUCUACUCACCAACCUACCCCGGCACUUAUCCCCACAAUAUGCACUGCUCCUACCUGAUGAAGGCAGGAAGAGGCGAACGAAUCCGUCUCUUUUUUACUGAUUUUGAUAUUUUCUUUGGCGGAGAGCACUGCCCUUACGAUAGUGUCACGAUAUUCGACGGUCCGACACCUGCGUCGCCGAUUAUUCGGAAAGUUUGCGGGUUGCAGCAGAGGAUGGAGGUGUACUCAAUGGGUAAUAGCUUGCUGAUCCAUUUCAAUACGACACAUCCAGCAAAGUCGGAUCCGAGGGGCUUCAUCAUGGACUACGAGUUCUCCACGAGAUUCGUCAACAUUGACAAGCUUCUCAACAAGCAGCGUGGUGUUACCCACAUCCGGGGUACAGAGUGUGACGUUCGAGUUGAGAGCAAUCGAGAGACGUUCCACACGAUUUCCAGCCCUAAUUACCCCGAAGUCUAUCCAGCCAACACCACCUGCACCUACAUCAUUCAUGGACUUCAGGGAGAGCAGAACCUGGAGAAGGUUAUACUUACCUUUGAUUCUAUAGCGGUUCUGUCGUUUGAUACCUCACCUGCCACAGCCCCACCAUCAGCUGACAUCGAUGACAUUGCAUGCCCGAGUGCGUGGGUGGGAAUCGCAAUCGGAGAAGGAAAUAUGAAAGCUGUGAUGUCAUCAACUGACGAUUCUACCUUUGAUGUGACACUUUGUGAGCGGAUCCCCCCGAAUUCUCCACUCCUCGGGCCGUAUAUCAGUGAAGGCCCCAGGAUGGUCAUGCAAUUCGGAAGUACUGAGACAAGGGAUGAUAAUAUCUCGCCGAUUGGGUUCAAGGCGACUAUCGAGUUUAAGACGGACUUUGGUGUUACUGGAGAGUCGCUGGGAACUUCCAAUGAGUGCAAGUUCCGAUUUACCUCGUCUACUGGGUUUUUCAACAGUCCCAGGUAUCCUGCUAAUUACCCCCUCGACACAAACUGCACCUACUACAUCGUUGGUCAGCCUGGAAAGGAAAUUCUACUGCACUUUGAGCAAUUCGCGCUCAGCGGGAACACCGACAACAAUUGUAAUGACUAUUUGGAUGUGUAUGAUGUAUUUGUGAAGAAUGGGAAAGAGGAGCUGCGACGGAAAGAAAGAUACUGUGCGGACACCUUCCCAGGACCUUCUGUAUCUGCAUUCGGGUCGCAUGAGAUGAGAGUAGUGUUCACCUCGGGGUCAAGUGGUACUGCGAAUGGGUUCAAGGCGUUGUUCGAGAUACGGACUGCGAGGAAGGAGGAUGUACCGAGGGGAGAAGCCCAUAUCCGACGUGGAGCCUACCGCUGCGGUUCAGUUAUCAAUUCGACUUCUGAGAAGCCCAAUGGCCUUAUCAUCUCCCCGAAUUACCCUGUUAAAUACAACAAGGAUGUUCAUUGUGACUGGCAGAUUAAUGUUAAGGAAGGAUACCAGGUUCUCCUGAAGAUGGAAGCGAUUGAUGUGGAAGGAGAGAUGACGUCAAAUGGUGCGAGUUGUCAGAAGGCCGUGAUUCGGGUUGAUGGAGGGCCUAGAUCAGAGUACUGUGGGACCAAGAGGGAGUUCUUCGAAGCCUAUCUAUCCCCGAGUAACUCUGUGAGGAUAAGCUUCUUAACAGCACCGGACAAAGUGAACGGCCUGAAGGGGUUCAAUCUGUCGUGGACCGAGGUGAAGAAUCUCAGUGGGAAGGAUGAAAAUGUUUGUAAAUCGGAUUCGCUGUACUUGUGCACUUAUUCGAAGCUGUGCAUUGACGCCAAGCUGAGGUGCAAUGGGCUUGAUAAUUGUGGAUAUGGAGUUCAGGAUGAUACUGAUGAACAGCAUUGUCAAAACUACUCUCCACGGACGUUCUACACGGCGAAGUUCAUGGCAACAUCCUCUUCUGCUACAGUUGCUUUAACAAUUCUAAUAAUCGUAAUGCUUGUGCUUCCUGCAAUACUUUGUGCUCACUAAAAGAGAAAACCGGCGAUCGGACGGUGGUGAUUGCGGCGGUGUUCUGCGGUAUAACAUUUGUGCUCAUUUGCAUAUUCUUCUUGUAUUUGUUCAAGAAAAAGCUGGAGCGGAAGAAGAAGUCGAAACGGAAAAACGACACGAAGCAUCGGCAACGGCAACCAUACCGGCAGCAGAGGCCAAUGCACAAGCAGCAUUGCGAUUCUUCAGAAUUAUCGCCACCGGCCACCAGUCGAUUCGUUCAUCAUGACGCAACGGGAAUGAUGCCACCAAUUCAGUUACAUCAGAUUGGGAGUUCAUCGCGUGAUAUGUAUGCUUAGUAGUGACUAUUAUAUAUUUGGAGUGUAUUAAAAUAAAAUAAACUAUUUUGUAAUAAUGGU